AGGAGUAACCAUUUGAGCACGGACCUUUUGCAUCUGAGGAAAAUCAUGUGACUGGUGUAAUGGUGUAAACAAAAUACGGACUUUCAAUUUUCUUAAUUCUUACUGCUUACGAAAUAUUGAUAUCGUCAGUUCAACAGCAAAUGGAAUUAACAUAGAGCGUGAAACCAUAAUGACAAAAUUAAAUGUGCGAGGCUUAAGUUCGUGCUUUCCUAUUUGUCGAAGCGAGUUGCUUGAUGAUUUGAUAAAUAAGCAGCCCACAGAAGAGUUGAACUUUGUAUGGAUAGUACCAGGCCAUGUCUUUUUAUCUCAAAACGGAGGAACCAAACUGCUGACAUUUGACUGCAAACCAGUUAGUCUUCAUCAGGAACUGUACUCACAAAACCUGGAUUUAGUGGAUCUAGUAUCUUCUGUAAAAUAUAUAUUUUCCUCCUUCGUGGUGAAUGGGCUGAUAUUCAUUGUUCAGCAGAAUGGUGAGGUCCAUAGUUAUCAGUUUAAUAAGGACUAUAGAUGGUCCUUUCUUUCACAAUUUAAACUGUGCACAGCAAAAGAUGCAGAGAUCAUCAGCAUCUGUCUUCACAAGGGACACAAUGCAUUCUAUUGGUGUGAACAUCGGUCAGACAAGAUGUACACCAUCUGUAGACUCUUCCUUCCAGACAAUGCAGAAAAGCUGCUGGAGGGAAAGGUAAAACAAGCAACAGAAGUAAUGAUGAACUGUCUUCCAAGUGAGGUUGUGCCUUUAGGAAAUGGAAUUCUUAUUGUACCUAGGUAUCAGGCAGACUGGGCAAGAGUGUGUGUAUUUUGUGCGCCAAGUGUCCUGGAAAUGGUUUCAGUGUCAGCAGUUGUUGGAAGUGUUGUAGGAGACUUCACAGACAUGAGAUGUCCUGUUGAUUUUUCUUCUGUUCUUCUUAAUGAUAUUUCUCUUUUAGCUCAGACUGGACCAUCUAUCAGAGAUCUAGGAGUGAAAAAGGAUCCAUUUUCUGAAACAGUUGUCAUUGUAAACAUUGAUGGAACAGUUCAAGAGUUACAGUUUACAGAAAGAUCCCAUGAGAAGUGUUUGGUGACCAAAGUGGUAAUGAUUUCCAUCCCAGACUUUAUUUUGGAAAAAAGUAAUCCCUGGAAUUUGUGGUGUAUCAAGAAGAAUAUACUAGUGAUUGUCUCUAGUCAUAAUAAAGUCACGCUGCACUCACUUCUAGACAUGGAUGCUGUCCAGGAGAUUGUCAUGGGUGAUAACGUCAUAAUUUCAAGCCUUGCCAUUGUGGAAGCAUCAGCAAUUAUGGCAGCUGUUGUCUCUAACUUGGGCAUUCAUGUCAUUCAGGGAAGUAAGUUAUGUCAGCAAAAGAAAUUAAAUGAUCUUCCCACUGACAGGCACUUUCAGACUGAUGCCUUGCAUGUUGCACUGCUCAGUCAGCAAAGAGAAGAGCAGCCAUGCAAAGCAGUAUUCGAUCAGCUUGAAGCUUUCCACAGGAAGUGGCUGAAUGUGCAGAUGCACCCUCCAAGGUCUACUCUGUCAGAGGCAGUUGAUGGUUACCUGGCAGAGUUUUGGAGACUGGAGGAACUUGCACACAGUCUUAGUAAAAGAGAGAUUAUACAGUCUUUCCCUUCACUGUCUGAAGAAGACAUUGUCAAAGAAGUGGUAUCUAGGUGUCACUGUAUGACACCAGAUGCUGCUGCUGCAGAACUUCUGUGGUUGUCAGCAAAGUAUCCAACCACACUUUUAAAGGUUUUGCUGAGAAAUCUAGAUGUAGAUAAAGAGACUCUAACACCUGAGGAUCAUGAGGUGUGGCAUGCCACCCUGGGACUUGAGGGAGGGGAGGCUCACAUGAUGGCCACAAGCUGCCCAAUGACCUUUGAAAUCAUCUGUCGUCUGCUGUACAUCCAACGACCUCAGUCACUUGUUACUUUUGUACGCAACACACAGCAAGUCAGUGAAGAAGCAGUAGGUGUUUCAGCAUUUGUGCGCAAGAAACAUACGCUUCAGUAUUAUGUCCGAGCCAUGGAGUGUUUGCCUAACCCUGAGCAAUCACAAAAUCCUCCAGUAGCAGCUGCAGCCAAAGCUCAGAUCAUUCUUCUUGGGGAGACAGAACACAGUCAUGAAAGAGCUCUAAGAUUCCUUCUGCAACACAGUCAGUGGUCACAGGCAGUUCAGCUGCUUCAGUCUCUUGGCCAUGAGAGAAUAGAGUUUACACCCCUCUACUUUCUCUUGUUGCAAGAAUUUGUGCAGAAACAAGUCCUCUCAGACUAUGCGAAGGAAGUAUUCUGCCUUUUGCCUUCAUGGAAAAGUUUCCUGUCAGUUGCUAAAGUGAUAGGAGAGGGCCCAGACUCCAGUAAGUACAGCUCCAUCACUGCCACAUCUCCAUCUGUUUUCUGCUGUGGUCCUCCGGACAUUCCUCUUUCAGCUCUUCGGCCACAUCUGAUGGGUCUGCUUCGUAAAGAGUCCAACCACUGAUGAAGGGGAUGCUAAAAUUUUUUUUUUAAAUGCUGUAUUAUAUAUUCCAUGACUAAUGCUGACCACACAAUAUACUAGUUCAGGUGAUAUGAAGAAGUCACAAGACCUUUUUCUAGAUCAACCAUUUUGCUACGGUGUAAGCCAAUUUUGCGCUUUCUGAAUUGUGAUAUUGUGGGAAAGGUGUGACAUGUCCCACCAUUUUGUGUGUAGCUUCAGCUUGUAAAGAGAAUGUAUCUUGUGGGAUGCAACAGUUAAUUUGUUACCUACAGCUAAAGUAAAAUGGCAGCAAUGACGCAUAAGAUAUGUUUGCAUGCAUAUUUUAGUUGAAACCUUUGAAAAUUCUGGUCAGAUGUACAUUUUCACAUAAUUAUUUGAAUCUUACCAUUGUUCUAGUCAUUUGAAAUAGACCAAAAGUGACAGAACUUUUGGAAUAAGGCUGUUUUACUCAAAGAUGGUUUUUUCCCAUAAAAACAGAGCAAAGCUGUGUAGUGACAAAAGUAAUGAAAUUAAAAUACUAAUCUUUGACAGUCUUAAUUGCAGCAGACUCGUGUUAUGUAAGCCACAAUCAUGUCAUGCAUUCCUGUUCAUUCUUCCCCUUAUCUAGCAGUUCAGAGUGCAUAUAGAAAAUUUCGUUGGUGUAUAAAUAUUUGAAACAUAAUGUUUAAGUGUAAAUAAUGAAAACAAAAUAUUAUCUAGAUUUAUACUUUGAGAUUUAAUAAAGAUUUUUCUAUUUACUAUCAUAAUACAUAUCAUCUUUAUUCUUUUGGAGAUUCCAUUUCUUUUCAAGGUUUUGGUUUAUUUCACUUUCUUUUUUUAAGAGAAGCAACAAACACAUUGAGUCAGUUUUAACUCAGCAGAGAAUCCAGGAAUCCAAGAAAAAGAACCAGACAAGGAAGCUCCAGAACAUAAAACUAGUGACUCUAUGAAGUAUAGUUGCCACUCUUGGACACCAGAAACCCCUAUUUGCAACAUUUGUCAAGUAGUGUAAGCUGGUCACGUGAUACUGUCGGUCCUUCACGGUACCUUAGAGGUAGGUCAACAUCACGGUGGCCAGUGACCUGAAGGAUAAUCUCUACCGUGUGGUGGGUGAUAUGGCUAACCUAUGUGGCUUGCACCACUUCACUGUUGCCAGGAUCUCCUAAUGGCCCCUCAAGAGUGAUGACCAUGCCUAGUGGAAAACUUUGUUUUGCAUUUCAUGUAGACUCAGAACAAUUUUCUUACAGUGGGAACAAAUUUAGCCUUUAAAAAGGAAAAAAUCUUGCACUUUUCCUACCCUAAUCAGACAUAAGCAUAGAAUUGCAUACUUUCAUUGAUCAUAAAAGAACACAAGGCAGUUCCCAGAAUAGCAAUUUAUUCUUCUAUAAAUUUUGGCAUCCACAAUUAAAAUGUGUAUGGAGAACUAAAUGACUCGUUAUACACAUUUAUUGUGUGUGUCAAUGUGACUGCAUAACAGGUAACCCAAAAUGAUCCACCAACACUGACAGCACACACCUACUCCCUUCUAGAAAAAAAUAACAAUGUUUUUUCAACCUCUUUCUUCCUGUAUAUCUCGCAUGAAAUCAUGUGAGAAUGCAGAGAAAUGUUUUCUAUAUUUUCUGCUUUUUCUACCAAAAAGUAGCUGUCAUCAAGGUUUUCUUUUUUUAUUCCUCUUCUUUGAAAAAAACAUAAUCAGUACAGGUAUUACUUGCCAAUGUACCCUCGUUGUAGUAGCUGAUCUUUCAAUAGAAUAAAAUGAGAAUACUCCUGGAACACACUGUAAUCUGCAGAAGCACAAUGCCAACAAAAUAAUGGUCCAUCAUGCAACAUAACAGACUGAUAAGAAGCCAGCUUAAAAAAAAAGGCAACAGAACAUCCAGCAAUUUUAGCAAAUCUUAAAUUUGUUAUUCCAAUAGUAUACAAAA